UUCCUUCCUCUUUCAGUAUUAUUGUAGAUCGAGUUAUCGAUCCCACCAAAAAGUAAAUUCUUAAAAUGGCAGAAGCUGUAUUAUUCAACAUUGCCCAACAGCUAUUGAACAACAUGAGUUCAGCAGCCAUUGAAGAGGUUGCAUCUGCUUGGGGCUACAAAACCCAGCUUGUGAAACUCAAGAAUACAAUAAACACCAUCAGAGACGUGCUCUUAGAUGCUGAACAAAAACAACCCAACAGCCAUGCUAUUCGAGGUUGGUUGCAGAGGCUUCGCGUCGCGGUGUAUGAUGCAGAUGACCUGUUCGACGAAAUUACCAGCUUAACUACCCAAAAAGAUGUAUGUCUCUUCUUCUCUAAAAUCAACCAGCUUCAUUUUGGUAGUACAAUAGCUAGGAAAAUUAAACACAUUAGGGAAAAUUUAGAUGAUAUUGCAAAAGAUGGUAUGACUUUCGGGUUUAGGUUGCGUGUUGACGAGGAAGGAGCAAUGGGUAGGAAAAAACGUGAGCAGAGUUAUUCUUAUGUACGGGAGGAGGAUAUUGUAGGAAGGGAUAGUGAUAAAGUUGCUAUCUUGGGUAUGUUGUUGAGUUGUAAUGUUGAAGAGGUUGUUUCAGUUAUUCCUGUAGUUGGGAUUGGAGGACUUGGGAAGACUACUCUGGCUCAGUUGGUGUAUAAUUAUGAGAAAGUCGAAGAUCAUUUCGAGCUUCGAUUGUGGGUUUGUGUAUCUGAUGUUUUUGACAUUAAAGUUAUUGUGGAGAAGAUUUUAGCUUCUACUACUUAUGUGAAGCCUGGUGAUUUAGAUAUGGAGCAACUGCAAAGGCAGCUUAGGAAUUGCAUUGGUGGGAAGAGGUAUUUUCUUGUUCUGGAUGAUGUGUGGAAUGAGGAUCGCGAAGAAUGGCUUAAGUUGAGAGCUUUAUUGUUUUGUGGUGGACCGGGAAGUAAGAUUUUGGUGACCACGCGAUCCAGGCAGGUGGCUAGCAUCAUGGCGACAGGGUCAUGUUAUGAUUUAAGGCAUCUUUCAGAAGCUGAAUCUUGGUUUCUUUUUGGUAAAAUGGCAUUUGAACCCGGUCAAGAGAGUAAAGAUCCAAAGUUGGUCGAAGUAGGGAAGCAAAUUGUAAGGAAGUGUGCCAAUGUUCCACUUGCUAUAAGAACUGUUGGGGGGCUUCUAUAUGCCAGAGAUCAGAAAAGGUGGUUAGCUUUCAAGGAUAAUGAAUUAGCAAAAAUAACAGAAACUGAAAAUAGCAUCAUGCCUAUUUUAAAGCUUAGUUAUGAUCAUCUUCAAUCAUCACUUAAGCAUUGCUUUGCUUAUUGUGCUUUGUUCCCCAAGGACUAUGAAUUACAGAAGGAGAGACUGAUUAGUCUCUGGAUUGCUGGAGGUUUUGUUGUACCGUCGUGUGAAAGACAGAGUCUGGAAGAUGCUGGCGAGGAGUGUUUCAUGGAUUUGAUACAAAGAUGCUUUUUUCAAGAUUUAACAAAAGAUACACUAGGAAAUAUCAAGAGUUGCAGAAUUCAUGACUUGAUGCAUGAUUUAGCCCUUCUAGAGGCGGGCAGAGAGAGCAUAAUCUUCACCUCUGAUACAAGUAAUUUGAAUCAAAAUACUCAUCAUUUAUCUUCAGGGUUUAAUUUGACAUCAUCAUGGGAAAUUCCAAGUUGUUUGCUAGAAUUGAACCGUUUACGUACUUUUCUUUUGCCAGAGCAAGCAAAAUUUGGGACAAGAAUUAGGAAGUCAGUGUCUGAUCAAUUAGUUUCAAACUUUAGACGCUUGCGAGUGUUGGAUCUACAUGGGCUAGGGAUUGAAAAUCUGUCAAACUCUAUAGGGGGUCUCAUUCAUUUAAGACUUUCAAAGUGCUAUAGGCUGAGGAAGUUGCCCACAGAUAUCAAAAGGUUGAUUAAUCUUAGGUGCCUUGAGGUUGAUGAUUGUGAUGCAUUGGCUCACAUGCCAACUGGAAUGGGGAGAUUGACUGCACUCCGUAAGCUUAAUCAGUUUGUAGUUGGCAGUCCCACUGCUGCUUUUCAUCUUGAACGAUGUGCUCAGCUAAGGGAUUUGAGUUCUCUCAACAAUAUUUCAGGAGAUUUGCAGAUUCUGCUUCAGGGAAAAUGGAAAGCUGCUCUUUCAGAGGCCAAGGAUGCAAAGUUGUAUAAAAAGUUGCAUAUUACAAAGUUGGUAUUAGAUUUUUUUGAAGCAAACCGCAUCUACCAUGAACCAUUGCUUGAAGGCCUCCAACCAAGUCCAAAUGUUAAAAUUCUUGCUAUCACAUAUUAUGCAGGUCAGAGUUUUCCAAGUUGGGCUAGAUUGGAUAAGCUUAAUUCCUUCCUACCAAGUCUCGUGGAAAUUAACAUAAGCAAUUGUAAUAGAAGCCAGUGUCUCCCGUUUUUCAGCCAACUUCUCUGUCUCAAACGUUUACAUAUUACCUAUGCACACAGUGUAGAGUACAUGGAGAAUACAGGGUUGUCUCUAUCUGCAUCACCCGUGCUGUUUUUCCCAUCCCUUGAAGAAUUAACACUUGAUAGGAUGGGUAAUUUAAGGGGAUGGUGGAAGCAAGCUGAAGGAAUUCAUGAUUAUGUUGAUGUGACAGCAGCAUCAUAUAAUCAUCAAGAUAAUCAAGUGUUGCCAUGUUUCCCUCGACUUUGUAAGCUACACCUACAAAACUGUGCUAAGUUGAGAGAGAUGCCUCUUUUUCCUCACGUUGAAGAACUGAAGUUGGUGAAUGUUGAUGAGAACUUGUCAUUAAGGAAAGCAGUUGAGACUUUUACUACAGUGCCCUUGUCGUUGUUAUCCUCGAGACUGAAAACUCUGGAGAUAGACAACGUAGAUCAUUUCAUAUCUCUACCAAAGGAGCAUCUUCAGAACCUCUCGUGUUUGGGGCUGUGGCAGUGUUCUAAGCUCGUGGAUCUGUCCGGACUUGGAGAAGGAUUGAGGAAUCUACCUUCACUUAGAAUUCUUACAUUCUUUCACUGUGAUCAGUUAACAUCUCUAUGUGGAGGUUUACAACAUCUCACAUCUCUUCAGGAAUUGCUAAUUCGAAAAUGCAAGGAGCUGAACAUGCUAGAUGAAGAGGAAAAGGAUGGCAUGCCAUGGAAAGCUCUAAAGGCCCUUCGUUGUCUGAGACUUCGAUACAUCCCAAAGAUGGUUUCUCUUCCGUUUGGCCUUCAACAUGUCACAUCUCUUCGGUUCCUAGAGAUUGUCGGUUGUGAUGGUUUAACAACCCUCCCAGGUUGGAUUAGCAGUUUCUCGUUGCUUCAAUGGUUGAGCAUCAGAGAAUGUUCCAAAUUAAUGGAGUUGCCAGAAGGUUUCAUACAUCUUAGCAAGUUAAAGGAACUUGAGAUUACUGCAUGUCCAAGAUUGACCAGAAGGUGCCGAAGGCCCCGUGGUGAGGAUUGGCUCAAGAUACAACACAUUCCCUCUAUUAUAGUCCGGGAGAGUCACUGGGAUAAUGCUUAAUUCACAAAAUCGAAUAUCUCAAUUCUCAAUAAUUAAGGUAAAGACUGUAAACUCUAUACUAGAUUAGCCCCGUGUUGCAAACUAGGUUUUCUUGAAUUAGAUAAUACCCUUUGUGUAUUUUUAUUACAUACUACAGUAUGUUACUUCGCAUGAGAAAAGUUAAUUGAGCAUACACGUAAGAUAAAACUACAUGGCGUCUGGAUCCUCUGGAGUUGGGGUAAAACUCUACAAAAUAGAGUUGAGAAGAUCUUGUUGGCAGAUGCUCAAGAAACAAUUGUCUCCAAGUUAAUUUAGUCCCUAGAGGAUUAAGAAUUAUGUUUGGGAGUUUUAUAAAUAUUGACAUACAUACAUACAUACAUGUCCAAACGUUUCAGGUUCUUUUAUGAUUAAACAGAUGCUCAUGGUAUACCAAGUCUUAGCAGUCAAAGCAUCAGCAGAAACAAAACCAAACCCAGAAAAAAUAAAGGCCUCACCGAAGCUUAAUCAGGGUGAUUAGCAGUCAUAGCAGCAGCAGGUUCAGCGGCUAAUUCAUCAAGCUGACAAGUAGUAACACCCUUAUAAACACAAGCACAAACCUUCUGGGAGACAAGAACAGGAUCACAGUGAUCAGUACUCUGACCAUAACUCAAUUUCUUCAACCUUGCAGUAAUCUUAUCGACAUGAACGUUCUCCUGUCGCCCAUCUCUGUUCACUACAUACAUAUUUUUUUCUGUAGCCUAUGUAGGAUUUGAACCUACAUCUUUGUGCGUUGUCACACAAUGCUCUCCCAUAUUGAGCUAAUAGGCUAGAUUAAGAAAUCGGUGGUUGCAACUCUUGCAAGCCUUGCUCUCCCAUAUUGAGCUAAUAGGCUAGAUUAAGAAAUCGAUAGUUGCAACUCUUGCAAGCCAAAGAGUUUGAAGCAUACCCAGGCAAGUAAUUUAGCUAAUAAGGCAAUUUGAGUUUGAAGCAUAUUCAGUAGCUAAUAAGGAAAUUUGAGUGGCAUAUGAGGUAUGAUAAAACAUCACAUAUACAUUUAAAUACUACUGUAUCUCAUUCAACCAACCAAUUGUAAAUGCCUUCGUAUUACUCAAUCUAGCCCACUUAAAUCUACAAAAAAACAAAUAUUGUUUUGGAAGUAAUCCAUGGAGUAACUGAUGUAAUAGCUUCAAAUAGAUCAUUCAUAACACCAACAAAAACAAAAGCCCUCAAUCAAUUGCAUAAAUAAUCAAGUUAAUGUUUCAGAAAUUUUCGAAAAAUAGAACUAACUUAAUUGGAAAAAUAAAUUUGAUCAGAUUAAUCUAUUCGUAAUCCAUGGAGUAACUGAUGUAAUAGCUUCAAAUAGAUCAUUCAAAACAAC